AUGAGUGGUAGUAAACGGCAGCCACUUAAAGCUGGCAAGGAAAAUCAAAAUGUUCCUGUUGAAACAGCAGAACAACGUAUUGAACGGCUUGAGGCAUUGAUCGUUUUACAGGCUGCGACAAUUAGUCAUUUACAAGAUGAGAACCAGCAGCUUGUGCGUUCAAACAAUGAAUAUCGGAAAAUGACCUAUGAAAAUGAAAAAACAAUCAACAAGUUGAAGAACGAUGUAAAACAGUUAAAAGAUGAACUUACUGGUGAAAAUGAAAACAGUGGUGAUGAUACACACUAA